AAUGGCGGACGAAGCUUCACACGCUUUGUGUGUUUACAAAUAUCAAUUUUCCUAACCGUACGACAGACUCAAAUCUGUUGUGUAAUUGUCUAGGAUGAGUGCAGCGACAGAACCUGAUGCAUCGGAAACACCGUCACCGGUCGUUCAGGAAAUUGUCAGCAACAUCAAAUCGCAGGGCUUGUUUGAUGAAUUCAGAAAGCAAUGUUUAGCAGACGUCGAUACCAAACCUGCCUAUACUAAUCUCAAACAGAGAGUGGAAGCGUACGUUGGGAGGUUCCUGUCGACAACAAUAUGGAGUCCGAGCCUCAGCAAGAAGCAACUGAGGGAGAGUCUCAAGAAACAGAUAGAUCAAUCUGGAAUGUUGAACAAUGGUGUGGAAAGAAUCAUCGAACAGGUGGUGAACCCCAAAAUAUUCCAGGUGAUUAAACCUAAGAUUGAUGAGGCAGUAUGUAAGCACCUUGGCAUUGAUCCAAAGGAAUAUCAAGAGAGACAACAGCGACGAAAAUUGCAACAACAGCUCCAACAUCAAGCAGCACAGCAACAGGCUCAACAGCAACAGCAACAGGUUGGAUCAUCGCCUGCCACACCAGGUUUCUCUUCUCCUGAGUAUAAUGUCAUGAUGGGAGGAUUCACUCCGACCUACCCCCCAGAUGGUGGCUGGAGUGGACAGACCCCCUUCUCCCCACCCAAUGUCAACAACCCUCCCCCAGUGCCAUUCUCCUCCUCCCCCUUCAUGAUGAUGCACCAGCCCUUCCCAUUCAUGCCAGGGUGGCCUCCGGGAGUCAACAUGUUCAACCAGCUACCCCCUUUAAAUGUCCACCCCCACCCCUCCCUGGUGCCACAGCACUCCCAGGGGGCAGCUAAAGCUGCACCUUUCAUUCCCCCGCCCACAAACAUCCCCCACCAACAACUACCCUUCCACCAACCAACAUCCCUCCACCCACCCUCCCCCCUGCCUGAUGUCUCUGUGCCCCCUCCUAACAUGCUUCCAAACCGGGCAGCAAGACACCCCACCCCCAGGCACUGUAGACAUGGCCCCAUCACUCCAGGAUAUGCAACUCCAAACACCCCAGCUCCCCCAGGAACUCCUGGCCCCCCUGUUAUUGCCACACCCCCUACCCCAGGGGCUGUCCCCACCGCCACGCCCCCAGUCGGGGCAUUGAAUCUCCUGGCUAAUGUUAGCAGUUAUGCUACAAAAGAAUCCAAACCAGAGGUCAAACCAGCCGAGCCAAUUAAAAAGGAGCCAUUUACACCUCCACCCCCACCCACAGAACCCAAGAUUAAAACUGAGGUGAAGAAGGAAGCUGUUGAGAAGGAAACGAUCAACGUGGAACCAAGUUUGGAAGAAAUCCCUCUACCGGAUGUUCCAGCACCAAAAGAUAUUAAACUACCGGACACUGAGAAGAAGGAACCGGAAACCACGGAGACCAAACGGCCAUACAAGUUUGCCUGGACUGUGAAGGAUGAGGACGAGAUGUCGGAUGUAACUGUCAGUUCUAUCCACACCAGCGACCUGUCGUCAUUCGAGGAUGAGAUGCUGGAACUGUUGUCUGAGAGUGAUGAAGAGUUGGAAGGAACGGAAGAACUCGAGACUGAGAAGGAAACGGAAGCUGAGAGUGAGAAAGGAAGUCCGGAAAAGAAGCCCAGUCUGCCGAAACCCCCAGCAGUUCCUGAAGUCGUGACCAGUAGUGCUGACUCGACAUCAACACCAGUCAAACCCCGCAAACUUCUGGCCUUGACCUACAACCUCAGCGACAGUGAAGAUGAUGAGACAAGGGAGGAGAGGAAAGCAAGAAUUGCCAAGGAGAAGGAGGAGCGUUAUCUGAAGAGGUUGCAACGCCGUGCUGAGCUAGAGGCAAAACGGAAAGAUCGAGAGGAAGAAAAAGCAAGAUUGAAAGAAGAAAGGAGGAAGGCUAAAGAAGCUAAGGCUGAGUCAUCAAUUGAGGAAAAAACAGAAGAAUCAGUGAACAAAACAGAAGAAGAAUUGAACACAUCAAUGACAUCCAUCACCUCAACGACAUCUCAAGACGAAGAAGAAGCGAAAACGGAGAAGAAGGCUCAACCACGGAGAAGAACCAAGAAGCAGUUGAAGGAACAACUGAUGCAGCAGAAGGUCAUGGAGAAGAAACUAGCUCUCCGACGACAACGCAAACGCAACACACGGUACACCUCGGAGGAGUUCGAGACAAUUUUCACAGAAAAGAAACAGCCUUUCAGUAGUCAGAGCUACACCGAAGAAAUCGUAACUGACGUCAUCGAGGAGACAAUUGAGAUUGACACAUCCGAGUAUGUUAUUCCUGAGGAGAUGGAAGUGAAGGCAGGCUCACCAGCAACUCCGACCCAAGAUGAACAGUUUAAUCUGGACAGCGUUAGCAAUAUUCCCUUACCAGAACAGCCUAUCCCCAUAGUAGAAAUCCCCAUAGCUAGCACUACCCUGACUGUGGGUCAGUCGGUGCACAUCACGAGGUCCCGUAGCAGGUUGAGUGAUGACAGUAAAAGUAAUGACACGAGUGGCAGGGAAAGACCUGCUUCUCCAUACAGUGAUAUAUCUGAUACAUCGUCACGGACGGAUUCGGAGAAGGCGGCUCCGAGAAGAAAAAGGAACAUAUCAGGGGAGAGCAGCCAGUCAGGACAGACACCCAUGCGGCGGUCACAGAGGACAGUGAGUCCCAGUGAUGAUGUGCCAGUACGGAGAGGGAGAAAGGACUCAGGGAGAGGCAAAUCCCCAGAUGCAGAUGGCAAGAACAAAUCUAGUCAGAGAUACAGCACUGAUGACCUUUACAAGCCCAGAAUCAGUCACCGCAGACCUUUGACCCCACCUGUCGCCAAGGACUCUCUAGAUACGCCAGUCAGGGGUCUACGUAGUGGUCGACAAAGGAGCUCGCCUGGUGUUACAGAAGCAGUGAAAAAGGUCGACCCUCCCGUUUCAAAGUCAACAGCAGAUGAAGCAGAGAGGGGUACACGAGACACCGAGUCCCCAGCUGUUGAAAUAGUCAAAGUUGAGAUGCCCCAGGAAACAAAGGCAAGUUCAAGGUCAAGUAAACCUGGCCGACGAAGAAGAAGAAGGAGAAGGAGUGAGUCGGACUCAGAUUCAGACUCGGAGCGGUCAAGACGGAGGAAGAAGCACAGCUCUGAUUCCUCCAGCAGAUCAGGCAGCUCAGACAGCAGACGCCAUCGCAGAUGCAGACGCAGACGAGACAGCUCCAAGAGCAGCCGGUCUGGUAGUUCAAGUGAAGAGGAGGAAACUGAUGAAUUUGGGAGAAUUAUCAGACGGGGAGGUCGGAAGAAGUCUCGCACUCGAAGCAGAAGUAGAAGUAGAAGCAGUUCCAGCACUUCUCAUAGAUCACGGUCAAGGUCGGUAUCAAAAUCUAGAUCUAGAUCUAGAUCAAGGUCAAUAUCAAGAUCAAGAUCAAGGUCAGUUUCAAGGUCAAGGUCUGUUUCUCCUAAAGACAGAAAGAGACGCAGAAGCCAGUCCAAAGAGAGAGCAGGAGCUCUUCAGUCAUGUUCAGACAUCAGCUCGGAAUCUGAUUUUGGUGAGAUAGUAGAGGAAGAGGAUAAACGUCCAUGUGCAAAGACUCCAAUCGACCGAGUUGACUUUGGUGAAGCAGAGAAGAGGCUGCGGAGGGCUAGACUUGCUGAUGUGGACUUUGGUGAAGCUGAGAGAAGGACUAGGCAGAUGGACAUGAGACCUAUGGACAUGAGGCCUAUGGACAUGAGACCUAUGGACAUGAGACCUAUGGACAUGAGACCUAUGGACAACAGGUUGAGGAAAGGACACAUGUUCUUUGGAGAAGCAGAGAGACGUUCAAGACAGUUGGCCAUAGCCAAAAACUCCCCUCAGUACUUCCGUGAGUGGCAGUCUCACCGAUCUCCUCGAGGUGCCAUGGAGAGCAGGUCUCCUCCACGCUCACGUUCCCCACUAGGCUCCUACAGCAGUGGAUCAGAGGGCUUCGGAAGACCUGGGGCAUCUCCAGGACGUGGGUGGGAUGAUAUGGGCCGUCCAGCACAGUUCAGGGAAGGAUCUGCAUCUCCUCUGAAGCGACCUGGGUCUCCAGAUAUGAGAAUGAGAGGCUCUCCUAUGCGUCAUCUUCCAUCGCCCCCUUCACCAGAUAUGAGACAUGCAUCACCAAUGAUGAUAAGGAGAGGUUCUAGUCCUGAAAUGAGGCGGCCUCCAUCUCCUCUUGAGCCUCGUAUGACACGUGGUAGAAGACCCAUAUCUCCUGACGACCUGAUGGAGCAGCCACCAUCGCCGCCAGAUAUAUACAGAUCACCUUCACCAGAAUCGCCGCCAGGUAUUCGAAGACAGUCUCGACGCCCUGCAUCCCCACCUGAUCAUCGACGUCCCCCUUCACCACAUAUGCAGCCCAGACGACGUCCUCCAUCACCUCCUGAUCUUAGACACUCACCUGGCAGGCGACCCCAAUCACCACCAUCCCCUGAUGUUCGACGCCAGCAAUCAUCACCUGGCCGCCGGCCACCAUCUCCUCCUUUGCCUGGUAGAAGACCACCAUCUCCGCCAAUGCCUGGCAGACGACCGGGGUCACCUUCAGAUGUCAGACGUCCUCCAUCAUCACCACCAAGGAGGCCUCCAUCACCCGAAACGCCUCCAGAUCUACGUCACCAACCUCCAUCACCGGGGAGACGUCCGCCUUCACCUCUGGAGGAAUCACCUCCAGAUCUCCACGGACCUCCAUCACCACCAGAGAUGAGACGCACUCGACUGUCCAGUUCUGAGUAUACUGGACCACGAACAAGAAGACAUGCUCCCUCGCCCACAGAAAUGAUCACCCGGGGACGCCAUACAAGAAGCCCACUUCAACCUCCUGAACCAAUGGGCCGAGGACGAAGGGGAGCAAGUCCUCCUGUUCCUGGUGCAGGAGUAGGACGACCUCGGAGAGUGAGAAGUCCUUCACCUCCAGAGGGCAUAGGUCGUGGUCAUCGUGCGAAGAGAUCGCCUAGUCCCCCACCUAUUAUGGAAGGUAUUGGGCGUGGGAGACGAGGCAGAAGUCCCCCAACUCUGUCCCCAGGGCCACCCUCCCCUCCGCUCACGAGGAUGGAAAGAAGGGGUCAGAGGCCGCCAUCUCCACCGUCACCAAUUGUAAGGGAAACGAGACGACAGCGAAAUGCAUCACCACCUCCACAACCUACUCAAAGAGAAACAAGAUCCAUGGCUGCACCUCCAGUUAGAGAAACACGAAGUCGACGAGAAAAGAGCCCACCAGCCAAGAGAGCAAGAAGAUGAAACCCAAAAAAUAGUUGUACAGAAAUUGAGGGUUGGAUUAUAUGAGCAGUUCUCCGUGUUAUGUUGAGCAGUAGAUGCAGUAGCUGCCAAAAACUAAACAAAAUCAGGCUGUGCUGUGGGUGCAGUAAGAUAGCAACUACGUAUAUACUGUACAUUGUACGUCUGAAUUAGCCUGUAUAUGUAAGCGAAUGGAGUUUAUUGUUUGUGUUUCAUGAAAAUAUAUUGGUUAUAACAUUUUUUACAAUGAUGUAAUAGUACCAUUUUCCACACAUUGCUUUGCCAAAUUUGAUCAUUCAGUAUAUAAUUAUGUUAGGCUGAUGAUGUACAACUUAAGUCCAACUAAUAUGGCAGUCUAAGUAAACUUAGUCUCAGUACUAUUCGUUACACUCCUCUACUCAGUAUUAUUCGUUACCCUACUAUACUCAAAAUUGCAAAAUUGCAUGUUCCGGCCACAAGACCAAAGAGAGUAUCAUUCAGCAUUCCAAGGAGUACCCACAUCUUACCCAGUCUGUGCGGAAUUUUGAAGACAUUUGCAAUCUGAAACAGAGGAAGGGAUUUCAUCACUUGCCAAACUAUGGUGCCGAUGUACACAAGGUACUGAGUGAACUGAGACAAUUAGAUGUGCUCACAACGAAACCUGAGCAUUCACUCCACUGCAAGGAUCUGUCUAGUGACAGGAAUCCAUUUGCAAACAGUGAAUCAAAUCUGUCUACCAUGAUACAUCGUCACAAACCA